AUGAGCGGCAAAAAGGGGCUCGAUCUGUUGCGGACCAUCGCCACUAUGAUGACCAAAACCAACGGGUACGAUAGAUGUUUGCAGCAGCUCGAAAUGGUCAGUGGAGGCGAUGGACGAUGCUUGGCCGAGUUUAAGGUCCAGGAGGAACACUUGAAUCGGGCCGGUGGUUUGCACGGAGGAUAUACCGCCACGAUCGUGGACGUGGUCACGACGUACGCGCUGAUGACGAAGGAAAAUGCAACACCAGGCGUUUCGGUGGACAUACACGUGAGCUACCUGAAGGGUGCCCGGCAGGGCGAUGAAGUCAUUAUCGAUGCGAACACAGUCCGCGCCGGUAGAAAUUUAGCAUUCCUCGAAUGCGAACUGCGUCACAAGAAGGAUAAUUCGAUCAUUGCCAAAGCAACGCACACCAAAUAUAUAGGAAGUAGUUAA